AUGUAUUUGCCGCUGGCGGAGAAGAUGCUAAUCAGGGAAGCCGAGAACGGAAAAAUGUCUAGACAUUCUGAGCUUCAGGUGCUAAUAGAAUUACUUGCUCGCCUUCAAAAGCAUGAAGAAGCUUAUAAACUUCUUAGUCGAAAAGACAUUACAGAUCGUAUCGAUAACGAGGACUACAUUUGCGAUUACUCUUCCAUGAAGCUCAGUUUGUUAGCUCAUUUGGACAUAUGGGAUGAUCUUUAUGAGUUGGCAAAAUCCCAAAUACAAAUCAACCCAGACGACUGGACACCAUGGAAAAAAUUAAUUGAGACGUCUUUAAAAGACAUACAGCGUGUAGAAAAAGUUAUGUCGUUAAUCGACAUCGCCAUAACGAAUCAUCCUUAUAAUCGUGGUCCGCAAUUGGCUCGUUUGGAUAUGUAUGCGAACCUGGUACAGUUGGGAAUGCAUCUUGUUUAUAAUCAUAAUCCAUUGACAUUCUUGAAGGAUUACUUUAAUACAUUCUCUCAUAAGCCCAUAUGUUCUAUGGAUUUGGCUUACCUUUUACGUAUGGUUUUACCAAAUGUGGAUGAUCAAAUCAAGUAUAUUAGUUUUGUUAUGGAGGUUGCUGAGACAGAUCUGAACUUCACAAACAAAGAAGAUAAGACUAUUUAUCGUCAUCUGUGCGCUCACCAGAUAGCACGUGCUAAUAAUCAAGGAGCUUCUUUACAGUCAUUACUUCGUUACUACUUUGGAUAUGCCCCAGAUCGUAGUGAAGUUUUACUAAAGAAGUUAAAAGAUGUUGCUGUUAAUAAUGAAACAACUAUUGACCUUUAUCCAGUUGAUGGAUUUUUGCUAUUAUCUUUAUCCUCGCUUUUGGAAACAUCCUCUCCGGCUUAUGAGUGUUCCUUCUCUCUCGGAACUGGACUUCUUUCUCUUUACUGGAUUUAUAUAAUCGGAUUAGAACAUACAAAUCUUAAUCACCAUUUGCGCAUAAAAUUGUGUAAUUUAUACUCUUCAGAUUUUCUUAAUUGUCCUGAACUUAUAUUGCCCCAGUUAGACAAACUUGAAAUCAAGCAGUUGCUGUUCCUUUCACUAGGGCAUUUAAUUGUAAAACCCUCUCCAUCAUUGGCCAUGUGUACAAGUAUAGUGGCUACACAGUCACAAGUUGACGAUAUUAGUUCUGUACAUAGUCUUUAUCAGAAGAUUAUAACACUUUCCAACAGUAUGGUCACGGAAGCGGAAGAGUUUUUAGUCGCUGCAUAUCGAAAACAUGCCUAUACAAAAGUUCGUGAAUUCACACAAUUCAUCAGCCAACUUCAUAAUGCUGACGUAUUUCUAACUGUCCGUGUUGAAAUGCUUCAUUGGCAGUUGAUUGUUUCACAACAUGACUUUGAUACACUUCUUGAGCAACUCGGUCAGGCUCAAAUUAGUAUUGAUAAUGUUACAAAACAACUUCCGAUGAUUGUUGAUUGCCGGGACUUUUCAGUCACACCGAACUUUGAUCAAUAUGAACGAGUUGAAAACGUUCGAUUGUCAUUUGACCAUUUGAAAUCGUGGUUAAAUCUCCGUUGUUUAACUCUAAAUGCUAUUGUCUAUGCAACUUCGCUUGUAAUGUCAAUUGUAAAAGUUGAACAUUAUAUGAUUUCCGAAAGUCAGCAUGAAGUUGCAGAGAACGUACCACCAGAAUCUGUCAAAAGUUUAAACAGUCUUUUAUCGACAAUGAAUGAUCUCGAUUCACAUACCAAAGAACCAUCUACAAGAGAAUUAAGCAAUUUUAAAUUACUAUCAUGGAGUGUUAUGGUAAAACGUGAUCAAAUACUCAGAACAUUCCCUGAUUUGCCAGAUGUAUCAUGCGCUUCAUUAUAUUGCUACGGACCAUACCGAAGGGUUUUAUCUAUCGGUAUUGAACUUAUAUUAGGACUUCAUGGUCUGGUUUCCGAAAACUCUUCUGCUUUUACUAAGAAAUCCAUGGACUAUCUUCUUCAGUCCUUUGAUAACGAUUUUGUUCAUCCUGGUGGUGUUUUAUUAAUCCUGACAAUGUUUUAUGAAAGUAUUUCUUUGGCAACUUUGCUAGUAUCAAUGAUUCAAAGUGCCUUACGUCCUAGGAGCCAUUAUCAUCAUGAAAUAAAUAAAUAUCAAAAGAGAAAGAAUAAAAAAGAUAAAGUAAUAAACACUAAUUCAAAUCAUUCUCCAAUUCUCAGUUUGUUAGACAAUUUCGCUGUUGGUUUAUACUAUACUACAACGAAAUUGGUAACUAUUACUGAUCAACUGGUAGAGGUUACCGAUUGUUGGUCUACUUGGUGUCAUGAUGUUUCAUGUAAAGAAUUUCAAUUGAUUGCUUCAAAUGCUUGUACACAUGUGCUGUCUGAAGAUUUCUUAGUACAGUAUCCUGUACUAAAACCACCUAAUUGUGCUUUUGAAGAGCUCAGUAAAGUCUACGAGAAAAGUUUCAAUCGAAUCGCAGCUGGUCUUCGUGUAAAAUCGUCUUGUCUUCAAAAUAUAACAACUGAAUUAGCCGUGUAUCAGUCUAGAACUCAUGAAAUAGUGUCUGUUCAGAAUUCAAAUUCUUCACCUUAA